UGGCGCCCAAGUCUCCAGAAAUGAGCGUGCUGCACACUUGUAGCGGCGUAAAGCCACCCCGCCAUUCUUCGCUUUCGUCGUCAGAGUCAGUUAAUAUUCCCCUGGGCAUAAGCUUCCCAACGACUAAAAUUAUUCUUCUGCAUAACGGAAAAACAGCGUCAACAACGCACAACUUAAUUUCCACUCGCUUCCUGACUCGCCGGGUCAAAAUGGCCGAGUCGUUGCCACUAGUAAUAAGCCCCUCAGGUUCGAGCUCUGUGGAUCCUGCUUACUGCGAGAUCAUUGUGGUGCGUCACGGGGAAACGGGGUGGAAUGUCGACGGAAGACUUCAGGGGCAUUUAGAUGUUGAGUUGAAUGACGUUGGGAGAGAGCAAGCAGUUGCAGUGGCUGAUCGACUAGCAAAGGAAUUUAAAAUCUCUGUUGUAUAUUCUUCUGACUUAAACCGAGCUCUUGAGACUGCACGGACUAUUGCAAAAACUUGUGGCGGGUUGGAGGUCAUUGAAGAUCAAGACCUACGGGAGAGACAUCUAGGAGAUCUUCAAGGCCUUGUUUUUAGUGAAGCAGCCAAAAUUUGUCCUGAUGCACACAAGGCACUUGCAUCUCAGAGGACGGAUAUGGAGAUCCCUGGUGGUGGAGAAAGUCUUGAUCAACUUUACAAACGCUGCACAACUGCAUUGCAAAGAAUUGGUAGGAAGCAUAAAGGACAGCGAGUCGCAGUGGUCACUCAUGGAGGUGUGAUCAGAGCACUCUACAAGCGGGCGUGCCCAAAUGACAAGUCCGGAGGGAAAGUACUAAAUACAUCUGUCAACAUAUUUCAACUGUCGGAUGCAAAGAAAUGGAUCCUAAAAACCUGGGGUGAUGUUAGCCAUCUCAGCCAAACAGGGGUCCUGCUGACUGGUUUCGGUGGCAACAGAACUUCUGGUUAGCUGUUAGGUAUGAAGCCUAAAUGCUGUCAUAAUUGGUUGAAGCGAUGAACAUCGACCCAUUAACUGCAUCACAUGGCAUUGAAGAAUGGAAAUUUUCCAAGCAUCAGAUACGACCAAAAACUGAAACUUCUCGUAAUAAAGAAAUGAAAUAGUACAAGCUCCUUGCUAAGGGUGGAUCAAGCCAAAUCUGAGUCUGAACACUCUAGUUCAAAUUUGGUUUGAAUAAAAAUAAUUUAACUCAA